AUGCACCGUUUUGUACUCUGUCUGGCCUCGGCCAUCGUCGUCGCCGCCUUCUGGGGACAGGUAGAUUUCGAUAAGAAAUAUUUCCUGAAUCAUCGUAGAGGUUGCAAUCAUUGCAGUUUGAUCAUACCGUCUGCGGAGUUUAUCCUUUUUUGUUAUUUAAAAAAAGAAGAUUAACUAAAUGAAAAGUAGUUCAGCGAACAUUUCCGAACUUUUCUUUCUUCAAUAAAGCUAGAUAUCUGCUUUGGUGAGAGCAAAAUUUGUAAUUUACAAAAAACAGAAGAGUUAUAAAUUAUUCCAGUUUUUUUUUUCUUGAUUAUAUUAUUCUCAAUUCCACCUAUUCUCUCAAACUUCCACAUUUUCCACAAAGGUAGUCGUGCCAGACUGUCGGAUUUCAGGUCCAAGCAGGUCCGCUGCCAGUGGCGUCCACGGAGCUGGCGACGACAUCUGAGACGACGGCGAUCGACACACUCGGCUCGUCUUCUUCUCGAGUGAAAAGGAGCGGAUGUGGCUGCUGCGGCUGUUGCUGUGGAGGAGGCGGCGGCGGAUGCUGCUGCUGCAGACCUCGGUAAGUCUCUUUUUGGGUCUCUGGCAGUUCAGCUCAAAGCUCAGUGAUCUAGAAACAUCGGGGUGAAAGUUUCGAGCUCAGUGUUCAGAGUUAUUUUUUUUUCUGAAGAUUCAGAUUUAAGUGCCUGGAAAUCUUCCGUGGUGAGAGAUAAAAACCCAAAACUUUUCUCAGACUUGAAGUCUAAAUUCCAGAUGCUGUUGCUGCUGUCGGCGGUGCUGCACUUGCUGUAGAACUUGCUGCUGCACUCGUUGCUGUACCUGUUGCCGUCCUUGUUGCUGUGGAUGUGGAUGUGGAUGCGGAUGCGGUUAGUCUCUCGCCGAGUAUUUCGUCCAAAAAACCGUCUCAGGAUGCUGCGGCUGCGGUGGUGGAGGACGCAAGCGACGCAGUCUCCAGAAGCUGCGCAUCGCUCACGCCGACAAGCAACAGAAUAACUUUUCGGAAGAGGUUCCGUCGGAAACUCAAGAAGCCACUUUUGUGACCGCAGAGCCUGUUGAGAUCCUUCCACGUGUUGGCGAACAGGCUGAGGAGUCUACCGAUAGAGAUUAAAAAGCCAUCCUCAACUAAUUAUUCAAUUAUCUGUUUAAUUUAUUUUAAUAUCAAUUGCGACACCUGAGAUAAAAAUUUUGCCGGGUUUGUUCUGGGUUUUUACAUAAAAGAAUAAAAGACUUUGAAAAAAGAGAGACGUCUUGUUCUGAAUGAAAAGCCUUCAUGCCACGUCCAGAAUAAUUUCGACAAAACAGAAAUGAAGUUGAAUAUAACAAAUAUGCUCGAAGAUCAUUUUGAAUUUAGCAAUUUAACUUGACGCGUCUUCACAAGAAAAUCAAAAUGUGGAAGAAACGUGACGACGAACAGGGGAGAGUCGGUUCUCGGUCAUUCUUCGAAGUGCUCGUUGGCCUGAUUUGCGGUAAGCUUCUCCAGCUCUACCUACUCUAGCUGUCCUUUUCAGAACGAGAAAAUGGCUGACGACAACGUUUCGUUCACGUAAGUGGGCCUUUGCCGGACCCUUGAGUACUGUCCUGCUUUCAGGGACACGGCUGCCGAUGGCGGUGGAGGCGCCGGCGCCAAGCCCAGCAACUCGGCGAUGAUGGACCUCAUUGGAACGCUGAACAAGAACGCCGCUAGUGCCGACAGCAAAGCUGCCAAGGUUUGGAUGAAAUCUCGAGGCUUCUUCUCAAAUCGAACGAGUUGAAGAAGAAGAAGGGAGACAAGAGCAGCAGCGGCGGCGGAAAAAAGGGAAAGAAAGGAAAGACAAAGAAGGUGAGAAAAGCGGACCGCUUCGAGUCGCAGAACUUCCUGAUGCGAAUCGAGGGCUCCUUGUUCUGCGCAGCCAUCAGUUGGUCUAGCCCCUUUGACCUUGGAAAGUGACCAUUUGCAGUUGUUGCGGUGGUCGGCCUUCUCGUCACACUGGUCUUCUUCUUCACGUUGCUCAUUAUGACCAAAGGAGAUCUCUUCCACAUGGUGCCCAAAUGGUUCUGAUGCCCUUUUUCAUGGUUCUCUGAAAUAAAAGAAUCUCCAACAAAAAUUUUCGUUCAAUGACCCUUUUUAUCAUUAGAGGAAUAAUUUUCUUCGGCAGGGCAACUAUUCUUCAGAAAACCAUGCGAUAUAUUUAUAACCCCGAUUUCAACCAGUACCCAAGGCGCUCCAAAAGCGGUGAACUUAUUGGAAGUGAAAAGCUAGUUUAGAGUUGAUUUUGUCCUUUUCUUAUAUUUUUUUUUCCGAAAAAGGCAAAUUCUGGAAGUAGUUUGCAUUGAAAAAAUUAACAAUGAAUUUUUUUUUUUUGAUUUUUUGACUUGUGUCUACCUUUUUCUGAACUUUUGGAGCCUAUCGGUAAAUAUUGACGCCGAAAAUUUCGAAGAGUUUCUAUGAGGAACUCCAUAGCGACAGGGUGGUCUUCGAACUUGCCAUCAACAAUUCUCUUCCAUUCGUCAUUGGCAUGCGGUUUUGAGAAAACGACCUUGUUCUUCUUACCUGACAAGGUAGAAAAGUUAUUCGGCCACGCCAUUCUCAAUUGAAUUUGCUUUUAACUAUUUUAUAAUCUUGAAAACUCGUUCUGUUGUUGUUGCAAGUUUAGAAACGACUUUUUUUUUCUUCGUAAUUUGUGGCUCUAGCGUUAUUCAGGUCGUCAGCUGACUCACUGCGCAAACACAGAAUUUUGUGACUGGAAUUUCUAUGAUUUGGCAAAAAGCUACACAAAUUGUAACGUUUGGAAACCGUGCAAUUUUUCUUUUUUUUGCUAUUCGGAGCCGCAAAGCAUUGAUUACAAGCCUGCUGGAGUGCGGUAAACACUCCGCUGUUGCUCGUUUUUUGUCGCCGUUCUUUGCUCUUUAACUCUCGUAUUUCCAAUUAUUUCUUCCUUAUUGGGUGCAUUGAGUUUCGAACUUUUCUCACGGUGAAACGAUUUUUUAAAAGCAGCAAAAACCGUAAUUUUCGUUUUAAAAACACUUUUCCUCUUUUGUAUUUUGAUUGGUUACAACUUUAUCAUGAAGGGUUUGAAGGAAAUUUGAUUCAUGCUCAAAGCUCGCGAAGCACAGGUAAAUAUUACCUUCUUAUAUUUUCGAACGGAGUUUUCUCUGCAAAAACCAGCCAGAAAACAUUGCUGCUGUUUCUUGUUUUACACUUUCCUUCCCACAAUGUUUGAAGCUGCCGACAACCACUAACCAAUCGAUUCAAUGGAAAAAUUCUUAAAAUUAAAUUCUACAUUCCCUUAAUUAGGUUUUCUUUUCCAUAAUCGAAUAUAUAACUUAUACAUUUUUUGUAAUGGUUUCAAGUAAUUUAAAGUAUUAUUGAAAUUUUCGUCUUUUUCAGAAAUUUGAUAAAUGGAAUGAGUCAUUUCAAACGACUAUUGAAUGGUUAUGGAUACCUUCUUUCGGUUCAUUUUCUGGAACAUAUAUUUAAUUUGAGAGACAUACAUCCGAUCAAUACGUCCACAUUAAAAUCCAGGUAUCUGGUUUUUUUUGGCUCUGGGGCGCACUUUGCUUUGAACAUUUUACGAGAGCAGAUGCGAUUAACACUUCUAAUUUCCUUUCAAAAAAAAAAAUCUGUUUUCAAAUGAUAAAACAACAUUUGAAACUUUUGAAUUAUUUUCUUGGUAUUGCUCAUCUUACAUACCGCUCUCAUUAUGAACCGUUUUAACGAAUGAGUUAUUUUUGACUUGUAGUUUUUGAGCUUGAAAAAAAGCCAUUUUUUGAUUGUUUGCCUUGUUUGUUGCUAUGGUCUUUAGACAUCAUUGAAGGUUUUUUUCCUCUAAAUAUUGAUUCUUAAUUGCAUCAGUUUGUAGGAUAUUUCAACCUUUUGCAUGAACACUUUCAUUUAUCGAAUCGUUGUAUUCGCUAUUCAUCGCGUAAUUUCAUUUUUUGACAACUAUUGUAUUGUUAAUUUUCAGCCGCCAGGCUCGAUCUGUGGGAAGGACAUGAGCGAGAAACAUGACAAAACAACGAGUGGGAAGCCGGAACCUGAUAACAACGUCAAAUCCAUUAGUGAAGGGUUCAGAGUAGUUUGAGUUUAAGGAUGUAUUUACAGGCAUCGGGAAUCCGCUAAACGACAGUGGAGUGCCUGGUCUUGUCCCUCCGACGAGGGAUUCUGGCAGGGAGCCAAUCAUUCGUUUUCGAGCUCGAGAUGGUCGAAGUCCCGAACCAAACCAGGGCCCAUCCGUCAAGAUCGAAGAGGUUCGGGAAUUUUUGGCUCGUUUGCUGUCGAUUCAAGAGAUUUUUUGUAACUCUUACAUUUUUAGAUGCAAUCACCGACGUCGAUCGAUUACGGCGAGUACGGAGACGAUUCCGACGAUGAGGACGCUGACGAGAUUCAGUACUGCGAUUGCAUCGCCGUCGCUCUCCAGCAAAGUCUUCCUGGAACCCCCGGAAAGAAAGGUUUCCAACUCCGGGAAACGCUCCCCUACCAGCUAUUUCAGGAAUAAUUCCGUACAUGUCGAUUUAUGACACUCAAGCACAAGCCCGACGACGUGGGUAUUGGAUUCCUGGCGUCCCGGUCAACGCGAAAAUUGUCAAGGUGAUUCGAGAAAAAAAUAAAUCAGAAAUUGGUCGAGGAUGCAAAAAGUGUUCUACAUAUGGAAAAAAGUAGCUCCCUUUUGGUCAAUAUUUAAGUAUCCAGUAGGCUUUCUUGAAUUUGUCUAUUCCUGAUAAUGGUAAAAGGCUGCUUCUUAAAUUGAUGAUCCCUUAAAGGUCAUUUUAAUUUGGCAUAUCUUCGUUUUGAAAUGCUUUAUGUUAUGCUAAAUUCUCGUUAUAAUGCGUGUUCUUUUAAACUUCAUUUAGCUGUUACCUUUUUGAAGAUACAAGAGAGUUUUUUUUUCUUUUUUUUUGGUGAAAAUCUCGAAUUUUCCGACGGAAUUCAAUUUAAAUAACUGGUUUUGAACUUCUCAUUUGAAAAUUUGCUUUUACUUGAGGUCGAGCGAAACACUGACCGAGGGAUUCACUUCAUCAACUCUUUGUUGUGGGUUUCGGUCAAGGUCUGGCCUAAUUUCCAAGAAUUCUGUAGGUAUACGAUCGAGUUAGAGCACGGCCAGUUCCGAUGGAGCGUCGUUCGAAAUUACAAAGACUUCACUCUGCUCAACAACCGACUGAUUGCUCACCGCGCCGGGCAACACAUAAAAGCGCCCAUCAAGAGGUCUUCCUAUAUAACUGAUUUUAACCGUUUUUGAGUUGAUUUUUCUAACAUGUUUGCAUCAAAAUUCGUAAUUUUUCAAAAUUUUUCUGGUAUAACAACUCUACCAUUUUUUUUUCUCCGAUUAGUCUUUUUUUUCGUUAUUAGAUGAGCUUUAAUACCACGUUGGUAUACUUCAGCCAAGACGAACGUCAAGAGAACAUCUAUUAAAAAAAAAAACUGGAAAAAUGUAUUAAUACAAAAUUUGGUCGCGAUGCUUAUAGAGACAUGCUACCAACUUUUUUUAAAAUUUUUUUUGGAGCUCACUAUCUCACUAUAUUGUGGUUCAACUGAAAAUUCUCUUGAAACUUGUUAAUUCAAAUUUUCUAAUGUUCAGAAUGCGUGGUAAAGUUGAAGGGUAAGCCAAUAUCGUCAUUUUCUUUGUCGUUUUGUAUUUUUUCGUUGUGUUGUUAUUUCUGUGCCGAUUUCUCGCCGCGCACUUGGUACGUGUAGUUGUUUGCUUAUCUCGGCUCUCUUUUUCUAUUUUCUCUUUUUUGAAGGGCAUGAUUUCUCGGCUUGACUUUUCUGUAUGGCUUCUGUUUUCCUCGUUUAUCGAUACAUCUUUCAGGACUCAGGAACGCCUCGACUCCUAUCUCGAGAAUAUCGGAAUCGACAUUAUCCCCGACCAUAAGCCCGAAUGUCCAUAUUCACAUGUCAGCGGAAAGAGAAAAAGAAAUUCCAGGGUAAGUUUCCAAUUUUUUUUAGAUACUUGAAUCGAAUUUAAAUGUUUUGUUAGAUGUGAAGAAUUUUCUUUCUUUACAAACUAUUAUUAAACUAUUUUUCGAUAUUUUCAAGAGUGCGGGUGAGAGUCUAUGAAAAGCGGCGUCAAAGACUUUCAUAUGUAUAAAAUAGUGAAUGCUCUCGAAAGACGUUUGAAAUUGCCUCUGAAAUGAUGGACCUUCCGUAGAUGCACAUUCUGAAACGAGAGGCCGACGUUUUCGAUCGGGCUCCUGUGGCGACGGUAGAUGGAUCCUUGGACGCGACGCCCGAAGGCCCAGAACCCAAAAUAGAGUCUCGCAACGUGCAGAUGCAGCAGGCCGUUCAGUGUUCGUCUUUCACGGAUUAUAUUUAAUAAGCGUGUCUUUGAACACUCUAGAAAUGUUUUUCGAAGACUAGAACUGUCCGAAACUCAUAGUUUAGGACUGUUUUUCGUAAAAAAAUAAAUUUUUUUGGUGAAAAAUUUUUUUGAGAAAUUUUUUCAUUUUUAUUAAGAAAUUAAUGAUUGUAGAUAAGUUCGUUUUACUUAUGAUAUUUUUGGAAAACUCUGAAAAAAAUAAUUUUUUUGUUCGAAAUCGUUUUGUUUCAUCUUUCAGCUGGUAUCCUUAACACGGGUGUGGACGACAACCAACAGAACGGCGAAGGAUCUGCGAAAAGAAAAAGAACGCGCCAAAAACACGUUCUGCCGAGUUUCCCCAUGAUGCCUGACUCGAUGGUCAGCAACAUCGAACAGCGAAAGGUACAGUUUUAUUUAUUCAUUCUUUUUAUUAUAUAGUUCAAUCAUAGUUUAAUGGAGAAUUGAAAGAAAAAGUUAGACAGAAGGACAUAUGAUUGUGCUUUUUUUAAUUAGUACUUUCCUUCUUUUAAAAAGUCAAAAAUCAUUUUUUCCAGACAAGCCAUGAUCCUGAAUAUAUAUUUUUUUAACGUUUUCUCUUUUAGCUCAAAUUAAUCAACUAAUAUGAAAACGAGUUGACCGAAAAAAAUAGAUCUUAUUUAGAUUUUCUAUAGUUCUUCAUAAUUGGCCUUCAUUUUUUCAGGAACAAUUGGAGAACUGGCUUCAGAUGGUUCUGCACAUUCCAGUCAACAGGAAUCAUCACGAAACGGUCUCGAAUCUUCCCUGUUCCCCUUUCAAAAAAUUACUUAAGGCCGAGUUUUUGGAAGUUUCGCGGUUUUCAUUUGUUAAUGAGCUUGGCGGAAAGCACACUGAAGGAUUUGUGAAGAAGCGGCCUGGAGGUUGAUUAAUCAAUUUUCAGAAAAAAUUUAAUUGCGAAAAGUUCAGGUUCGAGAGUUUUUCUGGGCUGGACCCACUGUUGCGUCAAGUAUUUGGUGCCUUGGAGCAAAAGGUAUCAUUUUAGACUUCAAUGAAAUUCAUCUUUUUUUAAAAAAUCAUUCACAGCAGAGAUGCACGAGACGAGGUUUUUUCAUCUCGAGACGAGAUCGUGUCUCGUGCAUCCCUGAUUCACAGCCUCAAUAGUUCUUCUUUCAAUUUUUUUCGCUUUGUUUGCUCUUAACAAUAAUUUUGAAGUUUUUGGCCUAGGUUUGAAACUUAUUCCAAGCUUUCAUACUUUUUUAAACAGAGAAUGAUAUGGAUUAGUAAUGCGCUUUUGAUCUUUUUCUAUGCUUUCAAUCUGUCAUUUAUAAAAUCUGGAAUUUUUCUCUCACUGAAAUUCCUUUAAAGCUGGCUUGAAAAAGUUUCCGACGGAGAUUUUCGGACUAUUCGCAGAUCGAUGUGCUAAAAUAAGAGAUACAGGCACUUCUAUAGUACUUUCGUCUCAAGAUAACGGGGGAUGAAGUGUACUGCUAUAGCCCGUUUACGGAUAGCUUGGGACGGUCAGGGGCGUGGCCUGUCUGUGCUCUCCGCCAACCAGACACUGUCUCCUUUUUUCUUAUCUUGUCAGGACCUAUUUUUCGUUAGCUCAAGCCAGCCGUGAAUCAGCUUUAUAUUUCCAGAGCUGCAUUUUUUUUUUAAUUCGUCAAAGUACCAUUUUAAAGUUUAUCACGAGGAAAAGAUAUACUUUUUCGUCGUAAUGAAAUGAAGAAAACUAGCCUCAAAUCACUGGUUUGAGUUUCUUUCAAUGAGUGUUAUAAGAAAUUGAAAAAGGAAUUUUCAGAUGGCUGAUGGUGCGAGAUUCCUUUGUGGCCUACAUGGACCACCGAACGGAGGUGAUUCGGAUGGUGCUGCUCAUGGACAAGGACUUCAAGGUGGCCGCGGGCGGCAAGGAGGCCAACGGGAUUCCCACGGGUCUCAUCAUCACCAACACCCAACAGUCGGUUCUUCCUAACUUCUCUUCUGAAUCUAUCUUUUCUCAGUGAGUUGCACCUCAAGUGCCGACGUCUUCAAGAUACGUCCACUUGGAAGGUUCGUCCUGCUUUUUUCCCAACCGGAAACUAUCAUGAAUACAUUCGAAGUCGAAGCUUUGUGAUUUGCGAUUUCUUAGGCGAUAAUAGAGAGGUCGAUGAAUGGCAUCGGAAAUGUCUGGCUGCAACCUCAACGCUUCAGUUCCUCGUUUCCCAUCCGCGAGAACAGCUACGCCAAAUGGUUCAUUUUUGUUUUACUGAUUUUUUACAUUACUUUAUGGGUAUCUAACUCGGAAUUUUUCUGGGAAAAUAAAAGCUGUUCAGAAUAUUUAAAAUUAAAAGUUCACUUGCUAGAAGUAAAGGGAAUAGAUUAGGGUUGGAUCUCGUUAUUCUAUGCAAUAUCCAUCACUGAAGAACUUCUUGAAAUUAUUUUAAGAUUUUCAAUACUUCUCACUAGUCAGCUUCUCAAUGAAAUAAUAUGCUGAUUUUUUCUUGCACAGUAAAAAUAAGUCAGGGAAAGAAAAUAUUCACUUAUUUUAUCAUUUUAUGUAUUCAUAAAGACCCCCGGCGGUAGUAAUUCAUCUCGAUAGUUUUGAAACCCUUGCUCGUUUUUUUUUUUAAAAUCAAACAGGUGGUAUAGAAAAAGAGAUUUUUUUUUUAAAUUUAGAUCAUGCAAAACUUCUAUUUUUUCAAACAUCACCGCAAAGCUUUUUUAAAAGACUUUUUUCACGUUCAACAGGGAAAUUCAACCUUUUAGUGUCAUUCCCAAAUUAAUUUACAUGAGGAAAAAUAUAAAAUGAUGAGGAUGAUCGGCAGGUUCGUCGACGCGAAAGACUACAUGGAGUACGCGGCAGACAUGAUGGAGCUGGCUCGGGAGGAGAUUUACAUCACUGACUGGUGGCUCAGUCCCGAGGUUCGGAGGUCCUGGGACCUCGGUAACGCAAACCGGACGCGAAUUGGACAUUUUCGAGCAUUUCUAGUGUUUCAUUAAGCGUUCUGACUUCGCUAAAGGGAUUACUUCCGGAAGGCUUCCGGUUCGCUUUACCGAAGUCCGACUUCUCUGAGCACUCAACCCCUUUCAAUUUCAGAUCUUCAUGAAACGACCUGCUCUUGAGGGAAAUUACUGGCGACUGGAUGAGAUCUUAAAGCGGAAAGCUGAGCAGGGCGUCAAGGUUCUUAGCCUUUUCUUCCUCUGAGAUUCGAAAGCUUUGUCCAGGUCUUCGUUCUCUUGUACAAGGAAAUGGAGAUGGCCUUGGGACUGAAUAGCAUUUAUUCGAAGAAAACCCUCCAGGGACUUCACGAAAACAUCAAGGUAGUUUAUAGAAAACAGGAAAAAUUUUUUCGAUGUCUUUCCCCUCAAGAUCUUUCUAAAACGAGAAAAGUUUUAAUUUACUGAUUUCUAUUGCUUUUGACUUAUUCAGCGAUGUAUGCAUAUUAUUAUUUGAAAGGCAAUCAGCUUCGAUCCAAAGCUCACUUUUUUUUAUAGACCAUAUAGAACAGAAAAUGUGAGCCUUUUCUGAUUUCCUAUUUUUGAACUAUCCUUGUUUUCUCUACAGGUUAUGCGCCACCCAGAUCACUACCCUUCGACAGGAACUUUCUUCUGGGCUCAUCACGAGAAACUUCUCAUCAUCGAUCAGCUCAUCUCUUUUGUCGGCGGUGUCGAUCUUUGCUUCGGAAGGUUCCAAAUCGAAUUUUCCAUCCGAAACUGGGAAAGGAGAUUUCAGAUGGGACUCUCACCAUCAUUUUCUCACUGACCUCGGCUCGGUCCAGUUUGCCGAUUCUCAUGCUGUCACUGUCAGUCCGGAUAUGGUAGGUUCACUUUUUGGAUUGUUUGAGAGAGGUUUUGAAAAAAAAAAUUAAUGAUAAAAGUUUUAUAACAAUUUAAGUGAACUAUUUCAUAAGAUUUUCAAUAUAAGAAGAUAAACGCGGCUCAUAGUGAUUUUUGGGAUUAAUAUUCUAGAGUUUUUUUGUUCAAGAGCGGAAAGUGUUGUGAACUGAAAAUAGUUUCUUCUUGAGUCCUAUAUUCUUUGAAGGCAUCUGGACUUCGAGCUCUGGUCAGUGCUCCGUUAACUUUGUCGCCUCUGGGACUCGAAGAAAACGAAGAAGUGUCGCCUCGUUCAGAAAAAGCCAGAAGUUUGUUAAUAUAUACUUUCUUCUAUGAUAAUUCUUUGAAGAUGAUACAAGGGAUGAAACAACCACGGAUUUUGCUGUGAGCCGUCCAUCCGCUUUAAAAGACAUUCCCGAAAAUGAAGACGAGGUUUUUCUUCGCUUUCUUCAAAAAAACAAAUGCUAUACUCAGGUUGUUUUCACCGACAAAGAAACUGGUGGCGUCAUGGUCCGAGUCAUCAAGAAAAGUUGGUGAAAUUUUCUUUAUUUUUCCAAAUAACAGAGCCAUUUUGGAGCCGACUCGGUCCUGUUUGAGAGUUCUAAGAAAAAGGGAAAGUGAUCCGUUAAGAUUUCGAACCGCCAAAAAAGAAAGCCAGAAAAGAAAUCUUUGGCCAAAAAAGAAACCUUUCAAAAUAGUUACAGAGCCCCAAACGUCAGACGCGCAAGUCCGACACUCGAGUCCUCCUGGCGCCUUGCGAGAGGAAGACAACGUCAGCCAGCCACGAGCCUCGCCUCUGGAUGCGGCUCAAAAAAGUCCCACGGCUAUCAAGCUUGUCCAAGACUCCAAGGGAAAGAAGGUUUCCUCUUGAAGGGAAAAUUAAUUAUUAGCCCUUGUGUAGGAAGUUCGGCGAGCCAUCUCCAGCUUGGACCGGAAGCAUGUCCCGCGAGAACUACUGGACAAGGUAAAAUUCAAUUUUGUUUCUACUAAAGUUGCUUUUUUUCGGAUUACAGUUUUUAGGGAUGUAUGAUGAUAUAGCCGAAAAAAAGCCGUUCGGUGUUUAGAAAUUUGGUUGGAAGCGCACUCUACGUGACAUGCCUUUCACUGAACAUUUUUAUACAGAUGAUGUUUCAAAUUUCCAACAGUUGAAAAAAAAAGUCAACGUCAAAAUAGUCUAAAAUUUUUCGGUAGAACACUCAUUUAACCCAUAUUUUGCCAAUUACGGAAGAAUUUUUCAGUCCGUUUUUCUACUCUCAGUUAAUCUCGGCAAUUUUUUCAUAUGGCUCGAUUUUCGCGGUCCCAUUUUAUGUUUUUUACCCAAUUCCAGGAGAAUAAAGACCAAAAAUAAGCAUGGAAUGAAUUGACCUUUACAGGGGUUUUUUUUUCAAAAUACUUCUUACCCUCCUAACUUUCACAAUGGUUUCUCCAACCCAAUUGCACUCUAUCUAGGCGGGGCCGGCUUCUAUUAUGUUUGAAAAGGCGGCGCGAAGCGGAAUGGACCUGUCGGAAGCGGCCGAGAAGUACAAAGAGUACGUCAACAGCGGCGCCGUCCAAAUGGUGAAUCUUCCUUCUUUUUUUUCUGCCAGCUCUUCUCUCGCUUCCCCUUCCCAAAUCUUCCAUUCCCAUAAAUUUUCCGCAAGUUUUCUGUCACCUUCACCUGACCGUUUUUUCCACAUCAUAUUUUUCUACCUUUUUGUGAAAAUGGAAAAUUGAAUUUGAUACCUACGAAAUAUACUUUCAAAAUAAAUGUGCUAAAGCUGUUUUUAGCGAUUAAGGCAAAUUUUUUUUACCCUUCAGGAUGUUUUCAUAGAAGUUAUAAUGAUAAUUCUGAGCGUCAAAGCAUCAUUUCGCAUGUGAAAUUUGACCAGAGUAACCUUCCAUAUUGAUUUCGAUAUAUAAUAUUCCACCCGUAUCUUUGCUCACCUUCUCCAAUUUUCCUAUUUCUAUUGGAAAUAUCCGGCCCGUAGGAGAAACACCGGGCGCAGACGCCUCCGAGCAAGCGGAAGAAGGAUUCGCGAAUCUCGCGAGUCGUCGGCAACUGGAAGCACAACCGGGCCAAGCGCAAAUGGCGGCAGAUCAUCGACAACGACGAGGCGACGCUCGGCUACGAACUCGACUGGCUCAGGCUCCGCGAGAUGGACAACAAGGACGACGAAGUUGGAACAGAAGAAUGUCUCGAAUCAUCUUCCGAUUUCAGCUGAAUGGAGGUGGAAAGCUGUGGUACGGCAAGGACUACGUGAACUACAUCCACAAAGACUUCGUCGAGGUCGACAUGCCGUUCCAUGGUCCUCACCUGACUGUUCUAGUCUUUUUUAUGGUCUUGUCCUUCAGACUUCAUCGAUCGCGGGACGAUGCCGCGGAUGCCGUGGCACGACAUCCAUUCAGUGACUUUUGGCGCGCCGGCCAGGGAUCUUGCCCGACAUUUCAUCCAGCGUUGGAACGCCACCAAGACUGAGAAGCUCAAGGUAUUUUCUGGACAUGAAUAAAGUCAGAAUUUUAACUUUUUUGAAGGAUGACUCCAACUAUCCUUUCUUGUUGCCCAAAAGCUACGAGAACGUCCGGGUCCCAAGAGUUUUCAAAAGCGCCAACGUCAGCCACCAGGUCAACGUGCAGGUCUGCAACUUUUUUUUUUUCAAAUGAGAGCUUUUUGGAAAGCAAGAUACGAGAAAAGAAAACAUUUCUAAUAUAUUUAAAAAAACAUUUUUGAUCUGGAAAGUUUCUGAAUUUGAAAUUUCCCCAAUAUGUAUGAUGAUUCGUUGUCUUGGAUGAUUCAGAGUACAAUUCUUUGCUCGAUUGUUUUUUGUUGGUAUAAACACUCGUGAAGGGGCUUGAGAACCGAAAUAAAACUCCCUUCCUUGUUUUCCAACUACUGAUAUCUUUUUAAAAGUUUUCAAUUUGAAUUUUGAUGCCCUGUCGUGCUAGUUCAUCAUCAUCAGUUCGUUCAUUUAGCAAGAAAUGAUGUUUUUCCAACACGUGUAAGGGCCACUAGACCUCUUAAAAGUUUGAAAUUUAGUUGUAAGUUUUAAGAGAUUAUCAAAAUCCCUCCCCAGCUUUUUCCCGCUAGCUUCAUUUCAUACUCGCUUCUCUGCAGGUUCUGCGUUCUUUGUCGAAUUGGUCCGGUUUGAUCAAUCAGACGGAAGAUUCAAUCCAAAUGGCUUACCUUUCGCUCAUCGCCAAUUCCAAGGUUCACGAAAACUUUUCAAAACUCAACUGAGCUCCCAGUUCUAGCACUAUCUCUACAUUGAGAACCAGUUCUUUGUCUCGAUGAUCGACUCCAACGACGUCACCAACGAGGUCUGCAAAGUCAUUUACAACCGGAUAGUCAGGGCUUACAAGUUUGUCACCUUCAUCCUGGUCUUCUCGACUUAUUGAAUUUUCUCAGAGAGAAAGAAAAUUACCGUGUGUACAUUCUCAUUCCGUUGAUGCCGGGCUUCGAGGGCGACGUCGGCGCUCCCGGGGGAUCUUCUUUGCAGGCAUUUUCGACUGGAAAAAGAAAGAAUUCUGAUUUUCCCAUUCUAAGGCGGUACUCCAUUGGACCUUCCAAUCUCUGAGUCAAGGGCCGAAUUCUCUGAUCGAGCGUCUGAAGGCGGUGAUGCCGGAUCCGUUCAAAUACAUACAUGUGGCCUCUCUGAGGACCUACGAUCAACUCGGCAAAAAACUUGUGCGUUUGGAAACCAUUUUUCCGUCCUCAAAUGACUUUUCUCAGGUUUCUGAGUUGAUCUACAUCCACUGCAAAUUGAUGAUUGUCGACGACGAACACGUCAUCAUUGGCUCGGCCAACAUCAACGACAGAUCUCAGGUGAGAAGGUAGGGCUCUCUGUAGAAUCACGGCGUUUUCAGUGCGGUAAUCGCGAUUCUGAAGUGUGUUGCGUGUAUUCUGACGUCGUAAAGGAGCCUUCGGUCAUGGACGGCAAGCCUUUCGAAGCUGGAAAGUUCGCCAAGAGCCUCCGACUUCAGUGCAUGAAGGUCUGAAAAUUUUUUAGAAAGAAGUGAUUUUAUAAUAAACAACAAUAAAAAAUAUUUCGCGCUGUUUUCUGAAUGGAGGCACUAAAAAGUCUAUGACUUUGAAAGUUCUUCUCGAGUAUUUGAAACGCUGGAGUCUCAAAAUGUCCUUAGAUUAAUAAAAACGGUGAUUUUUUUCAUCGUUAUUCUUAUAGAAAACUAAUCAAGUAUGAGUUUUCUCAGAAAGAAGUUAUCAAAUGUCUUUCCUUCCUAGUCUAGCUGAUUUUCAUCAGGAGCACUUGGGCCUGCUGUCGGACUCGCGGCGGAAGUCAGUGUUCGAGUACGACGUCUCCUGCGACGACCCCGUCGCCGAUUCAUUUUUCGUCGACGUCUGGCAAAGAACGGCGAAGAAUAACGCCAGAAUCUAUGAAGAGGUAUAGUUUUUUUCCGGCAGCCAGAAAAAUGACAGACUACCAAAAUGAUCGUCUAUUAGUGUUAACAGCCUCAGAGACUUUUUUUUUUGGAGUUUCAAACUUUAAUGAAAAGUCAUGAAAAUGUUGAUUACGCGUUGUAGGUAUUCCGCGCCUAUCCGACCGACCAAGUGGAGACUUUCGAGGAGUACCAGAAGUGGACAAGUCAGAUGCCGUUGUCGGAAUACGCGCCCCAACAGGCCGAGGAACGAGUUCGUGAACUUAAAGGCACGUUCCGAACGGUAGAUGAACCAAUCGAAGUGUUACAAGUUCAGGUCACCUCGUCCAUUUCCCGCUCAACUUCCUGAGCAAGGCAGUCCUCACCCCGGGCAUGACCUCCAAGGAAGGUUUCGUCCCAAGCGCCGUCUUCACAUGACUGACAAACUUGUGUAAGUGGCGCCAGAAGAUGUUCACCUGAUUUCAAAUCCUUUUUAUUUUCUGUUUCUACCUUUCUACUCGCUUUUCUCAGCUUGCUUAUUCUUGAGUGCUUCGUUUUUCUACUUUUGCGAACUAACAUCUUCUGUGAAAAAAACAAUUGCUGCUUACAUGAGUUUCUUGUACGUUUUUCCGACUUCUCCUCUCCUCCAGUAACUUGCAUGCGUGUCCUUGCUACUUCUGAUGCUCCAAUCAUUCUGAUUGAGCUUUCGAUUCUUCGGUGUACAAUCGUGAUUUCUUUCUUCUAUUUCCAAGUAUUCCAUUUGGAUGGACCAAUCUAAACUACAUCCCUAUGACUUGAUAAAAAAAUAAUUACUAGAAAAAAAUAUUUAAAUCUUCUGCUCAUUUUUUUGAGAAACAAAAACACCAUGACAAAAUGAAUGUGUCGAAGAUACUUUAAAGUUUCAUUCAAAAAAAGUAUUUGAAAACAUCUAUACUAAAAUUAUAACAGUUUACAAAGUUUUGAUUUCACGGGCUUUGAAUGCUUGACAGUAUCCUUUCCACCUUGAUUUUUGUCAUUUCCCUAAUAUUUAGAAACAUCAAACGAAUCUUAGUGCUUCAUGUGAUAAUUUGAUCUACCAUGCGCGUAAUACUUGUUUUUUUUUUUCCUCAUAGUGCCAGGUCACAGAGUCUUUUUGCUGCUAUAUGUUUUUGAAUCAGUAUUGUGAAUCUAAUCCCAGAUGCUAUUUUAGAGAAUUUACUCGUGUUUUUAUUUUAUUUCUGAAUAUACUUGCCUUUAAUAAAAAAUACUAAAUGUUUCUACUGUUUGUUGAUUCUGCAAUGAAUUCGUUGAAAUCGAUUGAAUUUUUUGCCGAGGCUAAUUUGGUGAUUCAUGUUUUUCAAUAGGUUUGGUGGAGAAACGAGGCAUGUCGGAUUCUGCAGACAAAAGUAGGUUUUUUUAAAUUUUUCUCCUCUUGUUCCAAUAUUUUCGGUUGAUCUUUCACCAAUAAUAACUCAGACGGAAUUUCUAAUUGUUUUAUUAGAAACUACUGGAAACAAUCGUUGAUUUUCAAUUUACCGCAGAAAUUUCCGACGAGGUUACGCCUCCGAAGCCGACUUUCGUCCCUCCUCGCCCUCCCGUCCUUCAGCCCAACAUUGAGCAUCUUCUGAAGCAGAAGCCAACUUCGACGUCGACGCUACCUCCGCCGCCUGUAAAUCCUUUUGCGCCCCGACAGCCCAGCACUUCUGUGGUACGCUUUUUUGGCAGAACUGUCCCCAUAUGCAUGAACUUUUACGCCGCAUAUGCACCCUUUCUAGACAGGAAAUAUUAAAUAAGAGUUUAAAUAGAAAAAAAUUGGAAAAUUUACGCCUUCGGCUGCGUGAAGUUUCAAGCAAAUCUGGUUUUGGAACGACUCGAUUCAAAGUGGGACUCCUUAGGUCCAAGCAGCCGUUAGUCCGGGAAACAAGUCCCUUCCUACGGCUCCGCAGCCUGAGAAAAAGUCGCCGUCGCCUAUUCCAAGCGCUGGAAAUGUUCAAAGAGAUACCAGUCCAGCCGUUGGUUCUCCUGCCGUCCUUGCCUCAUCGGAGCUGAAGCAACAACCGCCGAUCCUAAAAGAUACACGGGAAAAGUCUGUUCAACCGGAAGCUCCAGCUCCAGCUCCAGUCGCAGCCACCAAGCCGGAAUCAACAGCACCGAAGGAAGUCAAAAACGAAGAGCCCAAGUCAGAAACCUUGGCGGCCAAUGACAGGGUAUGCCUUCCGGUUGAGGCAGUUCUGGGAUUUUCUGACUUCAGGUAGACAUGUCUGGAGGACUGGUCAGCUGGUUCGCCAAGGCGGUCAGUGACAGCAAACUGUUGACCGACGUCGCCGGGAAAGCCAAGGUGAUACUUUCAAUAUAGUCACAGAGUUUUCGAAGAUUUGCAGGCGGGGAUGGAGACGGUUUUGACGACCCUGGACCCUGGAAUGAAGCCGUACCUGGCCGGAACUGGCACCGUUGGUUUAGCCUCCGUGAUCUAACUGAGUUGAAUUUGAAGCUGGAAGUAACGUUGGUGAACGCGGAUCCUGAACUGACAGGCUUGGCUCGAGAAAGGUUCUGCCGCGUUCUCGGAUUGGCUCUGAUGAAGAACGUCAGUCUUUCGGACGGUGAGAAACUUAUUAAGAAUAAAACAUUCCUUGAAAUUCCAAUAGAGCUACGUUCAAAGAACACAUUUUUUGCGUCUAAGAAGUCGAGGCUAAUUUUCAAACUGACAAGCCUCUCUUUCUGUUCAGAAUGCGCAAGAACGGUCGUCCACUCUAUUGAAAAAGCGGAGGAAACUUGUCUCAAAAGAAUUUCUCGGGUUUUCGAAACGAAUUUGGCCUCUGGCUCCUCUCCUGUCGUAGCCUUCCAGCCAUUUGUACUACAAAUUGGAAAGCCGUGGGUCUACAAAUAUAUUUGCAGUUCUCAGAAAACUUUUAGGCAGCAUUUGGCGACUUUGGUCGUGCUUAGAAACGGUGAACAUAUUUUCACUGCCGUCGGACAGCCGCUCGAAAUAUCGAAAGAAAUCUGUGAGAAGCUUAAGGUUCGAUAGAAAUUGAAAUAAGGGAUAUUGAUAAUUUAAAGGGAAAACGAGAAGGAGGAAUAGUCGAAGUCAUCAGAGAGGUCGGUAAAAUAGAAAUUAAGAUCCAUCAUUUUUCGGAAUAAUUGCAAUACAUAGAAAUGUUUUAUCAUAAUAUUUCUUUUUUUUUUCAGCUUGAGCUGACUGAGAAAGCUUCGUGGGCCGCCGAACUUCCGCCUUAUUCUUCACCCGAACUUUUUUCUUUCGCCUUUCUUUCCGUAGCACAAAAGUUUUCAGUCUCGCUGAAAAUUGGAAAAUGA